GAAACUGGUAAGGAAGUUAUUGUGGUUAAUCCUAAAAAUACUACUCAAAGAUGUAGUCAAUGUGGAAAAAUUGCUAAUCCUAAAAUAGAAAGAGAAGUUGAAAUCUAUAAUUGUUCUUGUGACUUGGUAUUAGAUAGAGAUGUUAAUGCUGCCAAAAAUAUCUUAUAUUUAGCCCAAAACAACAGGCUAGGAACUUUGCCAACUGAGUUG